UGUGGAUCGAGAGGUCGUAUGGAAGCUCCUCCGGCAUUACGGGAUACCAGCCAAGGUGGUCAACCUGAUCAAGAGCUCAUACGAGGGAAUGACCUGCAUAGUGAUCCACGGAAGACAGCUUGCCAACAGCUUCUAGGUGAAGACUGGAGUCCGACAAUGAUGCUUAUUAUCCCUGUUCCUCUUCCUCAUCGCCAUCGACUGGACCUGUCAACUUUCAACAGAGGCAGAAAUCUGGAAGAGAAGAUGGAGCUUGAUAGGGCAUACCCUAUGCAAACCACACACCAACAUCACCAGGCAGGCUUGCAGGUGUAA